UCACUCGCUCACUUUCUCUUUUGCUGUGACCCUCUCUCUUUUAUUCUCCCCCACCCUUCACUCAUUCCAUCAGGUUCCCUCACACAUGCAGCCUGUGAGACAAUGAGACAGACAGAAGACAAGCAUGACAUGGAGCAGCAUCAGCACCACUGACAAGGAUCUCCCAUACUGAGAGAGGACAAAAAGUAUUAAGGAAGAGGAGGGGGAGUGAGAGAGAGAGAGCGACAGAGAGAGAGAGAGAGAGGAGAAAUAAGUUUCUUUGAAACGGAGGAAAGAAUAACAAAGGACAGCUGGGGGACUUUUUUUACACUUUCUUUUUUCUCUUUGGGCCAUUAUUACUGUCUUUCCUCCCUUUCCUACCCCAUCUCUCGGUGUCCCCCUUUCCCUUUCACUCCUCUUCUCAUCCUGGGUCUUCUGCCAGCUCCCGCCGUGGGGUCUCAGCUCUCCGUCACCUUCCCCCCUUCCCUUGCUCCCUACCUCCCACGGGCCUUGCUUGGAGCCUCCAGGCUCCUGCGCCGCAGGAGGAUGUCUCGCAGGGAGUCUCCCCCGCUGCCCUCGCCGGAGCAACUCCUUGGAGUGAGGAGGCGGGAGGUGGAUUGCGACGACCGUCCGGAGCGCACCGAGCCGCUGUCCGAUUCCGAGAGGGAGAUCAUCCAGGACACUUGGGGGCAUGUGUACCAGAACUGUGACGACGUGGGGGUGUCAGUGCUCAUAAGGUUCUUUGUCAACUUCCCAUCUGCCAAACAGUAUUUUAGCCAGUUCCAGGACAUGGAGGACCCUGAAGAGAUGGAGCGAAGUAGCCAGCUUCGACAACAUGCCCGCAGGGUGAUGAAUGCCAUCAAUACUGUGGUGGAGAACCUAAAUGACCCGGAGAAGGUGUCAUCAGUGUUGGCCCUGGUGGGGAAGGCUCAUGCUAUCAAACACAAGGUGGAACCAAUAUAUUUUAAGAUAUUGAGUGGGGUGAUGCUGGAGGUGCUGUCUGAAGACUUUCCGGAAUCCUUCACGGCAGAAGUGCAGUUGGUGUGGACCAAACUCUUCGGUGCCGUGUACUGGCAUGUGACUGGAGCCUACACAGAUGUGGGCUGGCUCCAGGUCUCCAGCUCGGCUGUGUGAAGGGUCAGUGGAGAGCUGUGCAGUCGACUCAAAAAAAUGAAAACAGAGAAUGACAUGUUGUUCCACAGUGUUUACUUUGCAAGUUUUGCAAGCAAGGUUUCGCAGAAGGUAGAUGAUGAUGAUAACGAUGAUGAUGAUGAGUAACAUGUCCAUUUGCUCAAUUGCUCUCUGUAUUUUUGCAACAUUUUGGAGUUGGGGCUUUAUUGCCGGGAUUUUGUUGACUACAUAUCCUGGAUAACCCCUAUUAAAGUAGGCUGGCCAACAUCUGCAAACACUAAUGACAAUUUAGCUCAAGUCAGUGAUGGUUGGAUCUGUGCUUUUAGACCCCCAUGGGUGAUAGUAAUUAUCAAGUCAACUGUCAAUUGUUGCCAACCCCACAAGAAAAGCAUAAGAAACUUUGCCUGUAUAAUUUCCUCUUUGCUCUCAGACACUUUUCUCCGAGACAAUAUGUUUCUGCAGACAGUUAAAAAAUGCAAUCUCGGGUCAUUCUCAUUA